AUGACGAAGAAUCACGCUCUCAUCUAUGCCUACAUCAUGGACACCGAUCCGGCGAAAGAGUGUGAGAUCAACAAGGAACUCAUCAAGCGCGCCGUCUCCGCCGUCGAGAAUCUGUCCCAGAAUCUCAAAUUCGUUGUCCUGCCGACCGGGACCAAGGCAUACGGCGUGCACCUUCUCGACGAAAACUUUCCCUUUAAAAAUGACCUGCCCCUGCGAGAGUCUUUGCCUCGCAUCCCCGAGCCGUACGCCUCGCAGAUGUUUUACUACGACCAGACGGACAUGCUCGUCGAGAUGGCCAAGGGCAAGUCGUGGACCUGGUGCGAGGUGAUCCCAGACAACAUCAUCGGCUUCGUGCCCAACAACAAUAUCUACUGCCUCGCGCAGACGGUCGGCACGUACCUGGCGCUCUACGCCGAACUCCAAGGCAAGGGCGCCGAGGUCCCGUUUCCGGGCACGGAGCGGUCGUGGCGCAACCUCAGCAAUGAGAGCAACCAGGACAUUGUGGCCAGGGUCUGCAUCUACGCGUCGCUGCACCCGGAGACGACGGCCGAGCAGCGGUACAAUGCGACGGACAACUCUCAGCCAUCGUCCUGGAGCGAGAAGUGGCCCAUCAUCUGCGAGUACUUUGGCCUCAAGGGCACAGCACCGCCCAAGGGCGGCUCAGGGCCGCAGCCGGCCCAGUAUCUCGCGGAUCACUUUGACGACUGGAAGGCGCUUGAAGAGAAAUACGACCUUGUCAGUGGGAGGGUGGGCAAUGAUCGCAGUUUCGGGCCUUUCGCCUACUUCAUCAUCACCAUGCUCGACUUUGAUCGACAGAUGGACCUGAGCAAGUGCCACGAGAUGUGGGGGUCUGCAAAGGAGGAGAUUGAUACCAAGACCUCGUGGUGGACGACGCUGGACCGGUUCCGCAAGGCCAAGAUCAUCCCAUGA